AUGAAUAAAUUAGUGGUAUUAGUUUUAUGUCUAUCUACAUUUAUAAUUGGAUCAGUUGUUGCCAAUGAACAAGAAGAUGUAAUUCCAAAGAUGAUUGUUAUCAGUUCUUCAAGAAUGCCAAAUAAACGAACGGCCAAUGGAAUAUUAGUACUCGAGUCGUUAUACUUUAGAAUCUUGAUGGCACUCUUUGAAGAGUUUAGAGAUAUUCCAGAUGGUGCAGACUAUCGUUCAAAAGAACCAAUCUUUGGUGGAGAGUAUCAUGCCAUAACACGUUCACCCAACAAGCGAUUCAGUUGGAAUCAUGCUGCCUCUACCAAACCAAAACUAUGUAUUCUUUUAGAAGAACUAGUUGAACGUCUCAUACUAUCAGUUGAAAGUCCAAAGUAG